AUGCUCUAUUUUUUGCUCAUCGGCCUAGUUGUUGGCUCAUCUCUGGCUGCGACUCCUUGCAAGAACCAGGAUUACGACAGGCUGAAGAAUGGGAAAUGUUAUAGGCUUCACAAGACCCCCGUUGACUAUCCGAGUGCUGCGGGAGGUUGUCGCCUAACGCAUGGGAAGUUGGCUGUAAUUCACAAUUACACAGACAAUACCGAGGUUGGAGUCUGGUCGGCCGGCUGGAGCGCCCCGGAAGUUUGGAUCGGGUUGGUCUGUCCGACGCUUGACACUUGUAAGUGGCAGGAUGGUACCGACUUGGAUUAUACGAACUUCGAUGACACCCCGCCAAACCUGAAUAAGGGAACCUGCUUCUACAUGGAGGCCGGGAAAGUUACGCUGACCACCUACAAUCCGUGGCAAAACGACGAUUGUGCCGUGCAACGGAUGUUCAUUUGUGAAUCAAUCAUUGACGAACCGGCAAUCAGUACCGUUGCCCCGUUCACAACACCGCCUGUCACUCAAGCUUGCGGAAAUUACGAGUCUUACGGGAAUGCGUGCUACAACGUGGGCCGAACCCGAAUGGGGCCGGGUGACGCUGAAUUGGCUUGUGUCGCCGAUGGUGGCCAUCUGGUUAGCAUCCACGACUCGCAGACCAACGAUUAUGUCUAUGGGCUUCUACAGAGAAGCGGUGGACAGGUUGCUGCCUGGAUUGGGCUCAGGCGCCUUUCUAAUGGAGUUGAUAUCUGGACUGAUGGCACGCGCAAAGACUAUGAUAUGGUACCCGCCGGCCUUGCCGUGCCGUCCCCAUCGUCUCUCUCCAUUUCCGGAACCCCUGAUCUGCUCCCCAAGCAAUGGAUACCUGAAGCCGCCAAUGCCACGCUACCCUACGUUUGCAGGAGACCAGCAAAUUUC